CCACUUGAACUGUUUGGCAAAGUUUUUUAAAUUUCAGGAUUUAUGUUGUUACAGUUAAACGAAAUAUCAACAUCAUAUUAUACUGUUCUUCAUCGCACAAUUCGAAGUAAUAUUGUGCUGGACACUUUACAAUCGUGUAGUGGUAAUAUUAGUGUUACAUUUGAUGAUGAGCGAUAUUGCCGGAAGAAGAAGCUCACAACGGCUAAAACGAAGGAGUGAGGAAGGACAAAAAUCUUCACCAGGAACYGCAAGUUAUUCUUCUUCUGAUGAAAGCCCAAAAGGUAGAAAACUACGGAAACUGCCAUCACUUGAAGACUUGGAACGCUCACCAAAAACAUCGCCUCAUUCAAGCCGACACACCAGCACGCCACGGCUGAAAGCUCUCUCUGACCGACUUACAGUAUCUCUAUUUGAAGACGAACCCAGCAAUAAWUACGACAGUUUGAUUUACGACCAGGAAAAGAAACUUCAAGCGUGUUCGCUUCUUGGUUUGAGCGAAUCCCGAAGAAAAUCAAGCGAAUAUAAGUUCAAAUGCCCAACYUGCAAAAAGCAAUUYAAGUAUCUUAGUAAUCUAAAAUCUCACAUCAGUAUUGUUCACAAGAAUCUUUACAAUGAUACUAGUAAGCCACUGAAGCCCUGUAAYGCRGGCCAAGCUCAGCAAGGAAAAACAAAGUUGUAUCAGUGUGAAGUGUGUCUAAAAAAGUUCAAGUACUCGAGUAACCUUACAACACAUCGGAAAGUCCACAGCUCCUUGAACUGAAUAUUUGCCUUCAAAUAUUAAGACGAUAUUCGAAUCUGGUUAAAAACAGUAGUUUAACUCAAAGAAGAAAUAAAAUACUGGGCUGUAGCAUUUGUCAAUUUUUAACUAUUUUAAUAGUUAAAUCGUUGGACCAUGCGAAAAGUCAGUGUUGGGUUGAAGUGUAAGAUCCCAAGAUGAGUGCUCAAGUUUCUGACUUCACUGAACAAYUUCAGCUGCGAACUUUUAGUGUGAGUUUAGUUGCAAGCUUCCUAAUUUUCGCAUAAAACAAACUCUUUGAUCCAUUUAUACUAUGUUUAAAAGAUGCAACAUUAUUUAGACUCAGAGAAGCGUAAAAAAGUCAGUUUUCUGUUAAUGAAACCAGCGAAGGUUAUGAGCACCUGCAGAGCACCAACAAACGAACAACACAUAAGUGAACUUAUUUAUUAUUUAUCAUUUUGGUUAUAAAUUUUGGCUAAGUAUAGGUAAAAUAACUAGCUUUGAUGACAGACAGCUUUUGUUCUCAUUAUUUUUAAUUUCCUCGAUAAAAGGAAAGAUUUUCAUCUUAUCAAAGAUGUGAAAGCAGUUUUGAUUUUGGAUUUAAACGAGGAGGUAAGGGCGGGAGUUGGUUGGCCGUAAAUCAAGUGCUUUGCUAAUGYUUUAGCGCAAAGUCUAUUAUAUAGUUCUCAAUUUUAUGUCUUUGAUUUUAAAUAGGUUAUAAGUCGAACACUAUUAAAUGGCAGUUAUUUUA